GUCGUAGCCCCAUCUGGUACAAUACUCGAUUUCCACUUAGUCCAGAUCCAUUCGUGAUUUGAACCCAGGUCGGGUGUGUUGUUGAGUGACGCAGAACCCCCACUUCUUUGUGAUCGGAAUGUACUUUGAAAGGAAGCAUGAAAAUGUUGAAACAACUCGUAAACACUCACCGCGCAACGUGGUUACCAGGGGCAACGAAACAUCAACAAACGGAACCAAAACAAAUUAUUCGCCAGAGUUCCUUCUGACAGCCGGUAGUGGAAGUUUCGCUGACCACCGGACGAGAGUUUCGAAUAGUUUUUGGGAAAGCAGGAAGAAGGAGAAAAGGAAAAAUCAACACACCAUUAGACGCUUCUGCAAACGGAAACGAAGAUGACCGAACGUUACGUGUACUGCAAUGGGCGAGCGAACGAGGCAGCAUCGGCGCUAGGCGGCAACAAACAACUUUCGGCCGAGAACGCGAUGAAACCGCAAAGUGUAACCAAUCGUCACAUGAACUGGCUGAUACACGGUUUGUAUACCAGGAAGCACUUUGAGCAGUGCAAAAAGUUGAUUGACCGUCAGCUGGCCAUCUGCUACGACAAGCAGUACCUUUACUACAUGAAGGGACUUAUCCUGCGGGAGGAAAACAGCCCAACCGAAGCCGUACACUGCUUCCAGCAGGCCAUCGCACUGAACGGGAAGGAACCGGAAAACUAUAAGGAACUUGCCAAAACGCUAUAUUCGAUGGGAAAGUUCCGGAACGCGUUGGAAGUAUUUCUGAAAGCGGAAACUUUACUGGAACGACCCGACCACGAGAUAUAUCAUCAUAUCGGUGAGCUGUACUACAAAAACUUUGGCCAACCGAAGGCCGGAGUUGGGGAGGCCAAAGAGUACCUGAAGCAAGCCAUCACGUGCGGUAAGCACGUAGAGAGCUACAAGAUUUUGGCCGAAAUAUACAUCGAGGAAGGAGACAGCAUCAAAGCGAUCGAAAUGAUUGAAAACUGUUUGCAAAUAACGCAGGACGAUGUAUCGCUAAUGACGCAGAUCGGUAUACUGUAUUUGAAAAUUAACGAAUAUCAGCGAGCGUUUGAAAAGCUGCUCGAUGCCACGGCCACGGACUCGAAGCACACGAAUGCUCUGCUAGCGCUGGGAUCGAUAUUGCAAUCCAAAAACGAUAUCGACGGUGCGCUCAACAAGUACAAACGGAUACCCAACCUACCCGAGGAAAGCUCGGAAGUGUGGAGCAACAUUGGGUUGUGCUUUUUCAAAAAGCAAAAAUUCAUUGCUGCCAUUUCCUGUUUAAAAAAAGCAGUUUGGGUAUCACCGCUGAACUUUAACGCGCUCUACAAUCUCGGCCUGGUGUUCGUAACGGCUCAACAGUACGUGAGUGCCUUCCAAACGCUGGCAGCCGCCAUCAGUCUUCGGCCCGAGCAUGCCGAGUGUUACAUGCUGCUCGGAACUUGCCUGCGACAUUUAAAUGAUCCCGGAAAUGCGUACCUUUCGCUGGAGAAGUCAACCAUGCUUCCGGACGCCGUCAAAAAUCCGCUAAUCUAUCUGAACUUUGCGCUGUACUGCUACGAGGUAGGCAAAUCGGACCAGUCCGUCCUGUAUCUGAGCAACUUUCUCGAGAUGACUCAACACAUUACGGUUCAUCGCGAGUACCUCAAAAUGGCCGAUCGACUAAAUGGAGCCCUUGCAGUGGUUGCCGGUGGGCAGAUACACACUGCACCAGUACCCGAACCGGGACACACCGGGGGCCUUGACCGGCCUCAUACCGACCGGACGCAAGAGGAAACUGUUGUCAACAUGACGGGAGACGCGACGGUACCAGUGCGGCCGGAGGACACCAUCGAAGACGAAGCCGGCGACGGCUCUGACGGUGAUUUGCCCUGAUGUGGUGCAGACGGUCCGAUGGGAACGGGGAGCCGUGCGACAGACUAGGGCUGGGAAAGGAUUAGCAAAGAAAAACGAAAAGGUCCGUGGCGUGGACUAGAUCUUCAUUUAUUAUUUUUUCCGUUAAUGCUUUUACCCCGUCAUACCGGGAAAUGGUGGAGCUCUCAGCCCGGCUCAGAUCCCCGGUAGAAAGCACCGAUGUCCAACUGGUUGUGGCGAUGCAUAAUUUUAGCGCAGGACGGAGGAUGAACUAUUUCUGCCACGGAUCGUUGCCUUUAUCGCAAUCCUUCUUCUGCCUGUACAGCGUGCUCGCUUGGCACGCGGCGGGUGUGCCGUUUGGUAUUGUCUUUCGACCGAACCCCCGAGGCCAAUGUUGCAUGCGGAGUUAAUAAAGACAAGAUGCUGUUAGAUAGGAGCCAACAACAACGACGCUGGCGGAGAUGACAGACGGUGCAAUGCAACACCACGCACGCACGUUGGGUAAAUAAAUGAUGGACACUAAGUGAUGAUGGGCAGGAUGACGAUGCUGAUGAUGAUGAUGAUGAGAUAGUGCGGGCGAUAGAUAAUCUCGUCUGAUCAUAACUUUUCAUCGCGGUGACUUUUCGCGACCAUCAUACAUUUUAAAGCUUUUCUGCUUUAUUACGCAGAAGGAAAAUGCAAACGCACGAGCGGAUGUUAGUGUUUGCAAAUAAAGAGCGAUUAACAUACAAUCGUUACUCGUAUUAUGCUGAGCGUGGUAUGAAUUGCAUUUUGAGAGUUGAAGAAUUGUUUUAUUUUAGAAAUACGAGGUAUCGUUAAAACCAUGUGGUUUCUGAUGUAUCUCUCACGUGUGUUGGAAUUGAAUUCAUAAGAAACUGAAAUAAAAUAACAACAUCCUGGAACAGUAAAUUUUACGCCUAU